UUUUGUUGCUGCCGUCGUCGUCGCUUGUCGGUGCCGUUUGUUGCUGCGCGGGGGUUUUUUUGGAAUAGCUUCAAAUUGGAAUUUAUAUUUGUUAAGCAACUGUAGUAAGAAGCAUACAGAAAAAGCCCAAAACAAUAUAAUUUCACAGUGAUUUUCUUGGUUUUUUGGACAUAAAUACCAUUUUGUGAAUGGAGAAAAGCCGAAUGCGCAUCGAGCUCGCGUCAAAACCAUACAUACACACAUUCACACAGCCCCAGCCACCUACAAUUGAUACAUAAAUACACGUGAAUUGCGAAUGCAUACGAGAAAGAUACAAAUAGAAAAAAUCUAACAGAGGAAAAAAUUUGUUAGUGAAGUGAAGUGAAGUGAAGGGGCUGGCUAAAUUAGUAGUGGUGACCUGUGCGCCUAUACCGUUCUUGUUGUUGCUUUCUAUACGUGCGUGUAUUUGUGUGUUACCCUCCCCCAUAUUGCAGGCGCUAGAGUGAAGAGUAUAACAGUAUCUCUCACAAUGGGUAAACAAAAAAUCUACUGUGCGAAAUGCACAAAAAAGUGCUCUGGAGAGGUGCUGCGUGUGGCUGACAAUCAUUUCCACAAGGCGUGCUUCCAGUGCUGCCAGUGCAAGAAAUCCUUAGCCACCGGCGGUUUCUUUACCAAGGAUGGCUCCUACUAUUGCAUACCGGACUAUCAACGGCUGUAUGGCACCAAGUGUGCCACCUGCCAGCUGUAUGUGGAAGGCGAGGUGGUCAGCACCAUGGGCAAGACGUAUCAUCAGAAAUGCUUCACUUGCUCCAAGUGCUCCCAGCCAUUUAAAUCCGGCAGCAAGGUGACCAACACCGGCAAGGAGGUGCUCUGCGAGCAGUGUGUGACGGGAGGUGCGCCCGCCUCGCCGGCACGCACCGCUGCCGUACAAUCGCCUGCGCCGCCGGCGGAGAGUCCAACACGUGCCACCGCGCAGCAGAUGACGAGCGGCAUAUUAUCCCAUAAGGCGCAUCUGAAGGAGGACUAUGAUCCCAAUGAUUGUGCCGGCUGUGGCGAGCUGCUGAAGGAGGGCCAGGCCCUAGUCGCAUUGGAUAGACAGUGGCAUGUGUGGUGUUUUUGUUGCAAGUCCUGCAACGCAGUCCUCAAUGGCGAGUAUAUGGGUAAGGAUGCGGUGCCCUAUUGUGAGAAGUGCUACCAGAAGAGCUUUGGCGUCAAGUGCGCCUACUGCAAUCGCUUCAUCAGCGGCAAGGUGCUUCAAGCCGGUGACAACCAUCACUUCCAUCCAACCUGUGCCCGCUGCACCAAGUGCGGCGAUCCAUUCGGCGAUGGCGAGGAAAUGUACCUGCAGGGCAGCGCCAUUUGGCAUCCACGCUGUGGUCCCGGACCCUCCGAAUCCGGCAUCAUACUGAACGGUACUGGUGGUGGCGUUGUCGGUGGUACUGGUAGGCCAGGCACCACCUCAGUUACGGGCGGCGCCUCCAAUGGCAACUUUACAGACACCGAAUGCGAUCGCAUGAGCUCCAGUGCGCUCAGCGACAUGUACAUCCGUUCCAGAACACCGAGUUUUAAUGGUUCACUUUAUUCCUCUAGCCGCAAGCACUAUCGCACUGUCAGUCCGGGGCUGAUUCUGCGCGAGUAUGGUCGACCGAUCGGAGAGGAUAUAUCGCGCAUCUAUACCUAUAGCUAUCUGACCGAUGCGCCUCAUUAUCUGCGCAAGCCCAUCGAUCCGUAUGACAAGACGCCGCUGUCGCCUCAUUUCCAUAGGCCCGCCUCCUAUGCGACGACCAGUAACGCGGGCUCUGUGGCCGGCAGUCGUCCACCAUCGCGUCCACAUUCGCGAACGCGCAGCGCCAUGAAGGUUCUGGUGGAUGCCAUACGGUCAGAGACGCCACGGCCCAAAAGCCCCGGCAUGAACAACGAGGAGCCCAUUGAGCUGUCGCAUUAUCCGGCAGCCAAGAAGCCGCCACCGGGCGAACAGCCCAAAAUCGAGAGAGACGACUUUCCGGCUCCUCCAUACCCCUAUACGGAUCCGGAGCGUAGGCGACGCUACAGUGACACCUACAAGGGUGUACCCGUCUCGGAUGACGACGACGAGGAGAACCAGAAUGGCAAGCGGACCAAUGGCAAUGUCAAGAAUGGCGAGGAGCAGACGCGCCUGCAACGGGAGGCUGAGCAGUUGGAAAAGCUCAAUUCUGGCAUUGGUUCGGUUAUUGCAAAGGACCUCAAGGAGCACGCCAAGUAUAGGAAAUGGAAGCAAAACAAUCUGGAUCCGCGCAAUGCGUCGCGGACUCCUUCAGCCUCGAAGGAGCCGCUGUACAAGCUGAGAUACGAAUCGCCUAUUGGCGCCUCGCCGUCACGCAAUCUGGAUCAUCAGAAGCCCUUCAAUGAGGACGAGAUGUUCGAUCGAUCCACCAGCUACCGUGGCUCACUGGGCAAAUCGCUGGGCAAUGCCCCCAGCUACAAUGCCAUACAUUCCUAUCGCUCGCCGCCCAAGCCCGGAUACGGAUUCAAAACAACAACCUUGCCGCCCUACAUACGCAACGGCUACAGCUCCGACUUUUCCUAUGGAGGUCUGGGGGACAAGACACACAGCACAGAUCUAAGCUGUGGCAAAUCAGAGGCAUCGGUUGACUCAAUUACAGAGGGCGAUAGACGUGCCCUGAUGGGCGGCGAUUUGCCUGCCUCGAGCACCUACUCGGGCGCCUUGUCCUAUCACUACCCGCAGGCAGGACUCAUCCGACGCAGCCUGCCCAAUAUGGCGCACUCGAUGUUGGUGCAUGAGCCAGCUAAAAUCUAUCCGUAUCACAUAUUGCUUAUAACGAAUUACCGUCUACCAUCGGAUGUAGAUCGCUGCAACCUGGAGCGUCAUUUGUCGGACAUUGAAUUCGAGCACAUCCUGCAAUGCGCCCGAUCGGAGUUCUAUAGGCUGCCACAAUGGAGGCGCAACGAGCUGAAGCGACGCGUGAAGCUCUUCUAAAUGGCUGGCUGCAUCUUCGGGAGCGGCUGCUUGCGACGAAACCAAAACAAUUACCUAAACAUUUUGAGUGGUUCUUAACUACAUAUUUAAAGAGGCCCCCAAACCAUAAACAACAGAAAAACUAUGCUAAUUUCACAGCCAGUUUUCGAAACACGCUUUAAACAAAUAGUUGAAAAAAAAUUAAGAAAAAGAAGAAACGUAUAUAGAAGAGAUGGAAAAUAGUUACAUUUGAAGUAUGGACUGUCCAGCUGGCAGCUCCAAUUUAUUUUUUUAAGCAUUAGUUGCGCUGAUAACUAUAUAAAUUCUAUAAGAAACCAAACUAGAAACGUCGGCUAGCCGACCCGCAAAUACCCUAGCAGAGUACAACCUAAGCAUUUAACAAUUAAGUCUGUCACUGAGUCCGAGAUUGUAAACGACUUCAAUGCAUACUCCCUCCAACCAGGCGAUACUAUGGGCAAUCUGCGGGGUAUGCAAAUUUCAAUUAGUUAAACGGCCAGUCAAAGCUUUUUUAUUAUAAACAAACUACAACGGCUAAUCCAAGAGAAAGGAGAAUUGCAUCAAAGAAAGUAAUAAAUGUACCUACUUACACACAAAAAUAAAACAAUAACUAAUUGAAGAGAAAUUAAUUAAUUCAAAAUUAGAUGCGAUAUGUAAAAUCAGCU